AAUCUCCAGAUGCUGAUAUUGCCAUGGAGGUAGCUACAUCUGAACAGCAUAUUUCUGAGGCAAUAUAUGAUUGUGUUAUUUGUGGACAAAGUGGUCCUUCUACUGAAGACAGACCUACAGGACUAGUUGUACUAUUGCAAGCAUCCUCAGUGUUGGGGCAGUGCCGCAAUAGCACCGAGCCCAAGAGACUCCCAACUACUGAAGAGGAGCAGAUCUACUCUCGUGACACCUGUGCAGCCCUGCACGACGUGAGGCUCGCGACGCUGCAGCGAUACUUCAAAGACAGUUCCUGCCUGCAAGCAGUGUCAAUAGGCUGGGAAGGAGGUGUUUAUGUACAAACUUGUGGUCACACUUUACACAUAGAUUGUCACAAAUCUUACAUGGAAUCUUUGCGGAACGACCAAGUUCUCCAGGGUUUUUCAGUGGACAAAGGAGAAUUUACUUGUCCCCUCUGUAGGCAGUUUGCUAACAGUGUUCUUCCUUGUUAUCCUGGAAACAACGUGGAAAGAAGCAUCUGGCAAAGUCAUUGUAACAAGUCUAUGCAAGAUCUUGUACAAGAGGUGGAAGAUCUUCAAGAACAGCUGGGAACUUUCCCAUCUGAAACCAAUCUCAGUAAAGAAAUGGAAUCCGUAAUGAAAGAUAUAAAAAGCACCACACAGAAGAAAUAUACAGAUUAUAGCAAGAGUCCUGGGUCACCUGACAACGAUUUUCUGUUUAUGUAUUCAGUAGCCAG